GAAGCCAAUUGAGUCGAGUCCCGUCCCUGGAUUCGACGACUAGGGAAACAAGAUGUCCCAAACGGUUGGAAAGGUAACUCCCCUCAUUCUCAAUAUCCCUUGAGUGAAAAAAAAAAAAAGAAUCAAUCACAUCUAAUAAACACACAAGACUCGUCUCGCCUACUCCCGAACAUGGCACUACGUUGAUGUCGGCACGGACUCACGCAGUCUGGGUCGUCUCGCCUCCUCAAUCGCCCUCACUCUCAUGGGCAAAAACAAGCCUGUUUAUGACCCUUCCACGGAUUGCGGCGACUACGUGGUCGCCGUCGGAUGCCACGACCUCCACACGACCGGAAAGAAGCGGUUCCAGAAGAAAUAUUACACGCACACGACGCGUCCCGGUAGUCUGCGCACGAUGACUAUGGAUAAGAUGUUUGAGAAAUGGGGUGGUGGUGAAGUGCUCCGGAGAGCUGUUCGGGGCAUGCUUCCGAAGAACCGGUUGAGGGAUAAGAGAUUGGCACGACUGAAGACUUUCGAAGGUCUCGCACACCCCUACAAGGAAAAUAUCGUCAAGGUCGGAACCCAGUCGACUAUUGGAAAUCUACCCGAGGUCCAGCAGGCUUUUAUGGAAGCGAAGGCGUCGCAAUAGGUGGAUGGGUUGGUCUGCGGUUUGAUUCGUUUUCUUUGCUCGACUAGAUACCAGCGGCAUUAUACUGUAUUUCUACGUGUAUUUAUUAUUAUGAUAACUUUCUAGCGCAUGGGUGGGAGUUAGUUUGUACAUGGGAAAAAAAAAAAAAACAACAUUUUUUUUUUUUCUCUUUCUUCGCAAAUGUCUGGAUUCGGUCUACAUUUAUCCUCUUGAUCUCUUACUUGGUUAAUGCCGAUAGAAAGUGAAUGGUAUUCCUGAUCCCCGC